AUGUCUAAUAAGUACACCCCAUUAAAUAGUGCUGAAGACUCAUCUAGUAUCCAGGAAACUAUCCCACCAAGCUAUGAACUAGACGAGAUUACUCCUGGUGCACUCAAUGAACAUGGUCACAAAUGUAGCCCACCACAACCUCUUCAUGUCAAUUUCUAUGCUGAUGCCAAUGAAGUAAUCGAAUUCGAACUCAAUUAUUAUCCACACCGAGGAAUCGAUGAGAUUCAUCAACUAGUCAGAAAAAAAUUACAUUCCAUGGAAAUAGAUCUCGGGGAUGAAGUAUAUCUGAUUGGAGUAUGGCAAGGGUUGAAAUUUCGCUUAAUAUAUAUAGACGAGGACUCAAUUGGAAAUAUAAUACACUACUUCAGGACAGGAGAAGAGUUGGUCACAGCAAGGGCAAUUAAUAGGAAACAUCUUUUGCUUGCUUCAACAGCUAUUUCUUGUACUAUUACUUUGAUAUUGGUUUUCGUCAUUCUUAUUGGAUACUUUGUUUGA